AUGGCCGCUGCCACUGCCGAAAUGCGAACUUUUUGGUGUUCAUCGACUACAGUUGCCCCUAUAAAUCCUCAAUUUAUGGAAGAAGCCGUGCAAGAGGCGAUCAACGGCAUGACACAGGGUAAAGGCGGACCAUUCGGCGCCGUUAUUGUGCAAGAUGGGAAAAUCGUGGCCAAAGGACAUAAUCAGGUCCUUCAUGACUGUGACCCAACCGCACACGCUGAAAUCACAGUGAUCCGUCGCGCUUGUGAAAACCUUCAGAAAUACGAUCUCUCGGGUUGUGUCCUGUACACUUCGUGCUAUCCAUGUCCUAUGUGCAUGGGCGCUGCUUUAUGGGCUCGUCUCGAUGCUAUUUAUUAUGGAGCCACUUCUGCUGAGGCUGCUGCUGUCGGAUUUUCCGAUGCCGAGUUUCACGAGUUCCUCAAGAACCCGAAGAGUGAUUCGAAGCGUUCCCUCGAGUGCAUCAAAUUGGAUGACGUCACUCGACCAUUCCGCAUUUGGCAUGAAAUGGAAAACAAACAACCUUAC